CGACCCAGCGGUGCAAUAAAUCUGUUCAUCAUUCCUUCAAGAGCUCUGGACAGACACGCAGGGCAGGUUUGCUUCUGGACCACUGGAGUUUGGACAUAGUAAUAUGCUUGAUUUGAGCAGCAGCUGAUACUCACGAUUUAAUGAAUGUACAGACACAUGCUGGCCUUCAACAGCAGUAAAACAUCAGUAACAUGCGGUAAUAACUGAUCUACUGAACAACAGAAUUACAUUUGUCCGGCAGUAUGUUGAGGCACUGGGGCUUUGCUGUGUUCCUGUUAACAAUCCCGAUACCCGUCCAGUCGAGACCCACUACAGCUCUCAGCAGCAGACAACGGCGUUCAGUCGGUCACGCUCAGAUGAUGCACGACAGAAGCCGCUCUCUGCAUGACCGGAAGAGGCGCAUGUGGCUCCAGGAUCUGCUUGAGCAGGUGCACACAGCUCAGGUGUGGGACUCGCCCAAUCAGAGCGAAGGAAGUGUUCAAACCCCGCCCUGGCCCCGCCCCAAACACACAGGCAGCUCCAAAAACAUCCCUUUGGGCUAUCAAAUGGAGACUAUUGGGAUGCGAGACGACCUACUGCAGGAGACCAGCAAGAGCCUGACAUAUGAAGAGCAGCCGAUGAAAGCGGCCAUGAAGAGGAAGAGUAAAAUGUGUUUGGGCCGAUUGAGAGAGCGGGACAGGAGGAGAGACCGAGCGUGUGCCUUCCAAAUGCAAAUGCUCAUAAGAGAGUGAUUAUUGAGGUGGACGAUUGCGCUGACAGCCAUUUGAAGAGACGGGAGCAUUAAUUAAACUGUGCAGACUUUAUGCAAAUGAGAUGUGACACAAUGUG